AGACGUUUUACUCUCUGAAAGCUUCAAAACAUUUAAGAUUGUGAGUGCAAAUUGAUAUUCCAAUCGUAUUUGAAACUAUCGCGAUUUUACCUAUUCGACUUUAAGAUAGCGUCUAUAUAAUCACAUAACAUUCUAAAGCACGGGACUGCUGUUUUUGUGUGUUUAUAACAGAAGAUAACAGCUGAUUCUGAAAAUGGAAAGGAAUGUCAGGUGGAUCGCUAUUUUGCUGUUGGUUGUAACAGUGCAGGGGAUAAGCUUACCUUUUCCAUCUACGGACGAACUACUGCAGAAGUUGGAUGUACCGGGACGAGAGGGGCGUAGAAUGGUCCCCCCUCAAGCCAUGCUCGACCUGUACUCCAGAUGGUCGCAGGAUCCCUCAUCAGAUGAGGGACUGCGCUAUGGGGCGACCACCAUCACCGCCAUCACCUCUAUAGGCGGAGGAACGAACGAGUUCCUUUUCAUGCUCCCCACGCAGCAGCAAGACGAGCAGGUGGUUGGUGUAGAGUUCCACCUUCAUCACCACCACAUACAUCACCAUCACACCCUCCAUCAUCAGCUACUGAAGGUGACAGCCCAGGUUCAGGACACAAACGUAAGCAACACACAGCUGGUCUCUGACCCGUCCUCAGGCUGGCUCGUGUUCCAGCUCGCGUCUCCGGCCACCGUAGCGAGGAUCAUUAAUGUCCGCACGCGUUCUGUCACCGUGCGCACGCAUGCUCACACCCAGGACGGAGGCAGCAUCCAUUUCAAAUCUCACCCCCAAGGGUCGUUGCUGCUCAUGUUCUCGAAGACGCGCGCUGUGGGGCCGGAGGCUCCAAGUCAACUAAACCACCUGCAACAAGACGUGCGUUCAUUGCCCCGAAGCAAGCGAUCGCUGGUCGACGACCAACAGAACUCGAGUGCCUGCAGCAGAGAGCCGUUGCGCGUUGACUUCGCACGCCUCGGCUGGUCGUGGAUUAUUGCGCCAACAUCAUUUGAUGCUUACUUCUGCUCAGGAAGCUGUUCUUUCCCUCUGACCCAGGACGUUAAUCCCUCAAACCACGCGAUACUGCGAAGCCUCAUCCAUAACCUCGGAGAGAACGACGUUUCUUCCCCACAUAACGUAUCUCCGCCAUACUGCGUGCCCACGUCGUACACUUCCCUCACUGUGCUACAUUAUGACGAGGAUAGACGGAUUAUUCUCAAAAAGUUCUCAGAUAUGGUCGUAAAUGCUUGUGGAUGUCGUUAGCAAGAACAUGGAUAAAUUUUCGAGCAACCAUGAGGUAGAUUACGUUUACAUUUGCUAGUGUCAUUUAAUGCGGUUGCAUUUGCUUGUGUAAUUGACUGCAUUUACAUUUGCUUUUGUCA